AUGAAUUAAUAGAAAUCAGCCAAUAGUCAAGCUAAAACAGUAAAUCAAAGAGAGUUUCUUGAAGAAAAAAAAGAGUUUUCAAAGAUUCAUAAAGCUAACCUGUGCAUGUUCUUCCUCUACCUAUUUAUUUAUGGAUUCCUAGUGCUAAUGGUUAUUGCUUGGGCAAUUACACCCGAUAUGCCAAAGUCUCUUGAAGGUGAGGAUAAUACUAUGGAAUUAUCUGAUUUGAUGAAGAGUAUGCUAUAGAGUUUCCAAAAUAUGUCGAAAUAUGAAAACAAAGAAAGAGAGGGACUGUCAUGA